AUGCCGCGCCUCAUCUCGGACGCCGUACAUCAAGCCACGGACUGGCUCACGGGCACUGCAGGUGCCCCAUUACGGUUCGCCUACGACUUUGUAUUUCCGCCCCUGGACGACUCUUCUGCACUCACCAGCUUUAGCGAAUCGAAUGGGGGGAUGAGCAGCUCGGGCUUCAACGCGGACGAUUCGCUGGAGCACCUCGACGUGUGGGACAGCUUCUCCGACAGCCCGUGGAGCUUUGUCGCAAGCCGAUACACCAUUGCGCUUGUGAUCGUUGCGAUCGUCAACAACCGCGUACAGCACAUAUGCCGGCCGAGGGGUGGUGCGUCUGCACGGCUGUCGCAGCUUCAGAGAGUGGCCCUACGAUUGCCGUGUCUGGUAUUGCUAGCUCGGUCGGUGCUCAUCCUCACCACUGUGGUCGCGGACGCCUUCCUAUCUGAAUCCAAUCCGAUCAACGUCCUCCUGCGAGCGAUCACGACGGCAGCAUGGCGGAAUGCCUGGUUGGCCAACACGUCCAUGUCUGGCUGGGCUUCAGAUCGCUUCGGCUCGAGCAGUAGGGACGCCAUCCUCCGCGCUCGAGACGCAACCGCCCUCUGGGCCGCCUUCACCUCCACCUGCGUUGCCAUCAUCAGCGACUCCAUCGUCCGCAACCUCGACGCCGAUCGUGACGAACCCCCCGCAUUCAACCUCGUCGGCUUCGCCUUCCUUCUCCACUUUCACUCCUUUUCGCCCGAUGCACCGGCCAACGACCACGUCUACCUGUGCAUCCUGUUGCAGAUGCUCCAGAUUCUCAGCAUUGCAGUAUCGCGGUGUCGACGACCUGUGAUGGCUCCGCGCUUGGUGAUAUCGAGCGUCUUCGGGCUCGCUUCUCUGCUUCACUAUGCGCUGGCGGCGAGCACGGGUCGCUAUCCGUUCUUGGAAGCGCUCAGCCGGACGCCCGAGAUUGCGCUUGUGCUGGUCGUCGCACUCACCGUCACCCUGCAUGCGCUGACGAUGCUGCUGCUCGAAGGCCGGGUGGAGGCAAACCGUCUGCUCUUUUCGCGCUCCAACCUGCCAUCUAUGGACGAAGACUGGUCGUUGGCGCUCUUCAAGCUCGGCACGGCCUGCAUGGAGUCGACGCGACUGACGGGCCUCGAGCGCGAGAUGGAACCGCUCGUCGCCUGGGAUGCGCCCUACAUCGAGCUCAGUCAGAGCGGGAAGAUUGGCGUGGUGGACCCGACACAGACACAUCACUCGGCUGCGGGUGAAGAGAAGGCUGGCGGGCUGAGCCGCGAGAUCAAGCACGUCCGUAUCGAGCCAACACACGGCAGUUCGUCGACGUUUGGUCAUGCUGGACUCGCAAGGAUACGAGCAUUGGUGCACUUUGCUGUGGUGACGAUGUUGGUGGCGAGGAGCGUGACGGUCAUGACGGUGCGCAAAAUGUUCAGCGUCGUGGGGCUACCCGAUCCGAGUGUGCCGCAGUGGGUGUACCGGGCGUUGCGGAUCGUGAGGCUUGUGUGGCACGGUAGCAAUGGAGAGGCGAGGAGAAGGGAGAGGCAAGCGGAAGAAGCACAGCGACAGCAACAGCAGCGAGAGAGAUGGAGGGUGCAGCAGCAGCAAGGACGGUCGGCAGAGCAAGCGGAGGCGAGAGUCGAGGGUACCUCGAUGCGAUCGUUGCUAGGGCUGACAAGGUUCUUUGGGAGCGACGAGGGGAUCGAGGAAUCGGACAGGUGGGAUUCAGGGGCUCAAGGGAGGGAUGUAAUACCCGUGCCUCAACCGGCGCGCUUCAACGAUGCGGGCGCGAACAUCGCCGUGGCACAGCAGACGGUCAACGACGACAGCGACGAGGACGACGUCGAUUACGACAUCGACGUGGCACAGCAGCAGGUCCCAUACGACUCGGACGACGACGGAUCGGACUCUGACGAGGUGGAAACCCUCCCGCUCGAGCCCGACGAGGUCUCGGGACUGCUCGAAGAACUCACCUCGCCGCCGAGCGACUCCACCUCAACGCAACUCACGCUUCAUUCCGGCACCGAACCAUUCAACCGCCUCCUGCUGGCUCAUCUCACGCGGCCAUCCCUGCAACCACUCACACGCAGCGCCUACAAAUCCCUCCUCCAUCCAGCAGACACCCAUCUCGCGCAGUCGCUCAUCGCGCGUCGCCCCACCUCCACCACCACUGGAACCGUCGACGACGCGCGCCGCCUGUGCGUGGUGUGCUGCACCGAGGAGCGCAACGUCAUCUGCUGGCCCUGUCGCUGUUUGUGUCUCUGCAUGGACUGUCGGGAGCACCUUGCAUCGCGACCGCCCGCGAGGCGCGGCGCUGGCGGCCGCGGGAGAGAGGACGCCGCACAUCUGUGCCCCACUUGCAGGACGCCCGUCGCCGCCUUCAGCCGGUUGUACAUUCCUUAG